GCACGAGGGUGGAUGUGCGCUUGUCCACCCGCCCCUUUACAAUAACCCCCAACCAUCAAAAUGACUAACUCUGCUAACGUUAUUGCUGUGACUGUUUAAGCGGUGCUGUAACGUCUGAUCUGACCUCACUGGAGAAAUACAGGACUUACAAUCACAAGAAUUCGACGUUGAGGUCUGGGUUCCGGGGUCGCUCUCUUGUUAACUUGCUACAAAGAGACUGAAGUGACAUUUACGUUAUUUCAUUCAUCCACAACAAUGGCAGCACAGGAUUUUAAUUUAUUGCUUGCGACAGAUUCUUAUAAGAUCACACACUACAAACAGUAUCCUCCAAAUGUCAGCAAAAUCUACUCCUACUUUGAGUGCAGACGCAAGAAAGCCUCCCAGUUCAGUGAAGUGGUGUUCUUCGGUCUUCAGUAUCUGCUGAAGAAGUACCUCAUAGGCCAAGUGGUCACCGAGGAGAAGAUUCAGGAAGCCAAGCUCUUCUACCAGAUGCACUUCAGACAGACUGUGUUCGACGAGGAAAGCUGGAGGAAAAUCCUCGAGAAACACGAUGGCCGUCUUCCUAUCCGGAUCAAAGCUGUGCCUGAGGGUAGGAUUAUCCCGAGAGGCAACGUGCUCUUCACUGUGGAAAACACUGAUCCCGAAUUCUACUGGCUCACCAACUACAUUGAGACCAUGCUGGUCCAGAUGUGGUAUCCCAUCACAGUAGCCACCAUAUCCAGGGAGUUUAAGAAGAUCCUGGCCAAGCACCUGAAGGCCACCUCGGGGAGCCUGGAAGGUCUGGACCUGAAGCUGCAUGAUUUUGGCUACAGAGGAGUCUCCUCACAGGAGUCUGCAGCACUGGGUGGAGCAGCUCACCUGGUUAACUUCUGCAGUACAGACACAGUAGCUGGGCUGCUGAUGGCUCAGCGCUACUAUGGCUGCCCCAUGGCCGGCUUCUCCAUUCCAGCAGCAGAGCACAGCACCAUCAUCUCCUGGGGCCGGGGCCGGGAGAAGGAGGCAUUUGAGCGAGUCCUGGACCAGUUCUCCUCGGGGCCCGUGUCCGUGGUCAGCGACAGCUACGACAUCUUCAACGCCUGCAAACACAUCUGGGGAGACAAGCUGAAGGAGCGAGUCAUGGAGCGCAGCCAGGACUCGUGUCUGGUCAUCCGUCCCGACUCCGGAGACCCCGCAGAGACUCUCAUUGAGGUCAUCAAGAUUCUGGAGGAGUGUUUUGGCUGCUCUCUGAACUCCAUGGGAUACAAGGUUCUGCCUUCCUAUCUGCGGAUUAUUCAGGGAGACGGCAUUGACCUGUGCUCAGUGGACGAGAUUCUUCAGAAGCUGAGUGAUGAAGGAUGGAGUGCUGAGAACAUCUUCUUUGGUUGUGGCAGCGCUCUGCUUCAGAAACUCAACAGAGAUACACUCAACUGUGCCUUCAAGUGCAGCUACGUGGAGACCAACGGCAAGGGGAUGGACGUCUACAAGCAGCCAGUGACCGACCCAACCAAGGGCUCAAAGCGGGGUCAGUUAUCACUGAGGAGAAACUCUGAUGGCUGCUUAGAGACGAUAGAGAGAGGGGCCGGCAAGCCUGAGGAGGACCUGCUGGUGACGGUGUUUGAGAACGGCAGUCUGGUGCAGGACUACUCCCUGGAGGAGAUCAGGAAGAACGCUCGGCUGCAGGACGAGGAGGUGCCCACGCUGCACAACCGUGAACAGGAGCCGCUGCACAUCAUCAACGGGAUUCAUUAGAUCGACCCCAGAGCCCCUCAGCAUCCAGAGAAUAGAGUUUCAAAACAGGGCGCCCUGGCAUGGAGACUGCCGUGGUUUUGAAAGGCACCCAUCUAAGUAUAAACUGAACACGUUGAAGGGGAGUUUAAGCUGUUUUCUCAUAAGACACUAACAUUUACUGUAACAAAAUAUAAAUACGGUAUUAUUGAUUAUAGUAAUCCUCAGCGAUUAGGGGAUAGCACCAGUGCUUGAUAUACAAUACGUGAUUUAUGAUCAGUGGCAGCCUCUUAUCAGCAGAACACAUGUAUAGUGUAUAAAUGGACAUCGAAACAGUGACCAGUUGUGCAAACUGAGCAGAUAGUGCUGCGCUGUAACAGUGACGCACACAAAAAACCAAAGUCAAAGAAGCCAUAGCUGUUGUUUCUGCUUCCUGAUUUCUGAAGCCACUUGGCCUACAAAGCACAGAAAGCCCUAGUGUUUUUUAUUGAGUAAUACAAAAUACAUUUCCACAUGAAUAAGCAUAUGCAUGAAUUGUGUAAAAUAUCUAAAAUGAACCAACAAUUUGGUUCACUGACAUAAUUAUAAUUGAAGAAAUU